GAGCAUCCUUGAGACUUGGGGAACUGGAGCUGAAGGAAGACUGGCAGGAUGAAGAAUCCCCUAGAUUGCUUCCUGAAGAGGCUGACCCUUCUGGAGAUCCUCAUAAUCCUGAAAGAGACUCACAGGCAGGAACCCCCAGCACUUCAGCCCUGUGUGGCCAGCGCCCCAUGCGUAAGCGUCUUUGUGCCCCAGAGUUGCGACUGAAUCAGACUAAGGGGCCUGGAGAUAACGGAGCUUCUCCCACCCACUCUGUACCUUCCUCUCCUGAUGGCAGUUCUGACCUGGAGGUAGACGAGUUGGAGACACCUUCAGACUCGGAGCAGCUGGACAGUGGACAUGAAUUUGAAUGGGAAGAUGAGCUGUCGCGGGCAGACGGCCUGGGGGCCAGUGAGGCAGCUGAAAGGCUGGGCCAGGGUUGUAUGUGGGAUGUGGCUGGAGAAGACGGUCAUCGCUGGAGGGUGUUCCGAACAGGACAGCAGGAGCAGCGAGUGGACAUGACCGUCAUUGAGCCCUAUAAGAAAGUCCUAUCUCAUGGAGGCUACCAUGGUGAUGGCCUCAAUGUUGUCAUCCUCUUUGCUUCCUGUUAUCUACCCAGAAGCAGCAUCCCCAACUACACCUAUGUCAUGGAACACUUGUUUAGGUAUAUGGUGGGUACUCUGGAGCUGCUGAUAGCUGACAAUUAUCUGCUUGUUUACCUGAGUGGAGGCACGAGUAGGGCCCAAGUUCCACCUCUGAGCUGGAUACGCCGGUGUUACCGCACCCUGGAUCGGCGGCUCCGGAAAAACCUGCAUGCCCUGGUUGUUGUCCAUGCUACAUGGUAUGUGAAGGCAUUCCUGGCACUGCUUCGGCCCUUCAUCAGUUCCAAGUUCACACGGAAGAUCCGUUUUCUGAACAGCCUUGGAGAGCUGGCCCAACUCAUCUCUAUGGAUCAGGUCCACAUCCCAGAAGUUGUCAGACGGCUGGACCAGGAUCUCCAUGGCUCAGGAGGGACCUAGCAUAGGACUGGAAUAAUGAGCUUAAGAACCAAGCAAAGAUAUUGAUCUGCUUACACCCUAAACCCUGAAACAUCUGAGCUGUUUUGUAAAUCAUCUCAUUCUCAAUCCCAGUACCACUGGAUCCUCACAUCUCAAUGGGAUGUCGUUCCUUCCAUGACCCUGACUUCAAAGCAGGGCUCUGAGGUCCAGAACCUGAUGUGCUGGGUGACUUUCAUUUCAGCUGGAGGGGUGCAUGUUGUGGCAUUUUAUAUAGGAAAGUGCAAAGCUGUGCUGCUUUAGCUGUAGAACCUUGGGCAAAUAACCUCCUCUCUUUGGGUCUGAGAUCCUUUCCACCUGGGGUAUUCUAGCAGUUUGUGAAGGUGAGGGGUGGAUGGGGAGGGCAGGGCUCCUGCUGGGAGCCAGGAGUCAGUGCCCUAAAUGUUGAAGAGCCAUUCUGUUUCCCUCUUUCCUUCAGUAGUCACGUCUGCUGCCUGUGAGCCUGGGGAGGGGCAUUUCCAAAACCUGUAUUUUGUCCUCUUUGUUAAAUUCAGAUCUGUAGCGAUUAAUAAACUGCGAUGAGAGAUUCAAGCGCCGCGCCGAGGAAGUGAACUACUCUUUCCCCAGCCCCUUACAUCACAAUCCGUCUGUCCGUUCUGGCACAGGAAUUCUUGCUGUAGAGGUUCCCUGGGAUUUUCAGCUGAGCCCCUGGGCCUGCCGGAGCUGACCCGCA